AUGCCUUCGCACUACCACAACCCCUCCCAAGCUUCCUUCCGUCCCUCCAUCCUCCCCACCUCAACCUCCGCCUCAGCAUCCACCAGUGCCUCGUCUACAUCAACGACCAAAUCGCGCCAAUACACCCACCUCCACUCGCAAUUGGCACAACUAAAUGCGCACCUCGCAGAUACGGAGAAUCUGUUGCGAAUGACGGCGGUACAGGCGGAGGACAUGCGGUUUUUGGGCGGGUAUGUUGGGGGGUUGUUUAUGGGGUCUGCCAAGGUGCUGGGGGAGGAGGGGGUUUUUAAGGAGGAGAGUCAAGGGGAGGGCGAGAGGCGGAUUAAGGAGGAGUCCGAGUCGUGA